AUGAGAGAUAUCUAUUCUGAAACUGUAGUCUACCACACUUUUGAUGUAGUGGGAAAGGGCACCUUCGGAAAAGUGUAAAAAUGCUGGAGAGGGAGCGAUGGAGAAUUAGUGGCGGUAAAAAUUAUGAAAAUGGAUGUUCACAUAAAUAAUUUGAAGACAAGCCACAUAGUUCAAUUUCACGAGGCAUUCCGUGACCAAACUAAUCAUUACCUGGUUUUUGAACUAUUGGAGAAUAACCUGUAUCAGCUUCAGAAAGAGAAUGGUUUCAAGCCGAUUGCGGUCUGCAACAUCCGUACCAUGUCAGAUGACAAACGCACUAGCCAAGCUGAAGGAACUCGCAAUCAUUCAUGCUGAUCUGAAACCUGAAAAUAUAAUGGUCGUGGAUCAUUGUUGCCAUCCCUUCAGCGUAAAGUUGAUUGGUUUUGGUUCUGCAAGUAUUUUCAGUGAAGUGCAUUUUGUUAAGGAGCCAUACAUCCAAUCCAGGUAGAAAGCCUAUGUUGCACCACAUGCUUUGUGAUGUCUUGUAUUUAUGAAGGUGAUCAUUAAAAGAAAUUCAGGGUGUCUGUGUGAACCCAAAAUGACUACUUCCACAAACAAACAUUUUGGGAAAGAAAAAACAACAUCAAUUUGAGAUGUUCUAUAUCUCUCCUGAAAUCCUCCUGGGCCUUCUAUUCUGUGAGAAAGUGGACAUGUGGUCUCUGGAUUGUGUGAUGUCAGAGUUGUUCCUUGGAUGGCCUCUGUAUCACGGCGAUUCAGAGUUUGAUCAAGUGAGGUACAUCUGCGAGACGCAAGGACUACCGCAAGCCCAUCUGUUCAACAUGGCUAGCAAGGUUCACAAUUUCUUCAAGCUCACCACCAACAGUCGAGGAGGGGAUAAAUGGCAGCUCAAGCCCAACAAGAGGCGUCCUCCCUCAGGCACAGAAGGCCGUACCCUGGGGAAGCAGCAGGGAUCGACGGAUCGGAGGAAGUACAUCCUCUCCUCCCUGGACCAGCUGGCGACCAUGGAGUGCACAGAGCACGACCCAGAGUUCCUCAACGAAGACGUGGCAGCAGAAGUUGUGGACCGCCGGAGCAUGGUGCAGCUCCUCAAGCGGACGUUAACCUUGGACUCCAACCAGAGGAUCCUACCCAAUGCGGCCUUACACCAUCCUUUCAUCAACAUGAACCACUUAUGCAUGUACCCAGACUACAACCGCUACUAUGAGAAGUCCGCUCGUGAGGCCCUGAUUCAGGAUACAGCUCCAGAGGGAGACAGCUGUAGGUCUCACCAUCUGAAUGCAGAGAGGGGCCAGCGGUUCCUGUACCCCAGGGAGAAGGGGACCCACCAGUCAUGUCCCCUGGGUCAAAAUCACCAUGACCACAGGGAGGGCUACCCACCAUUCUCAGAGCGCUUCCAAGGUAACAAUGGGGUUCUCUCCCAGCAGACCCCAGUGCCCAGUGAGCCUCAGUCCCCCACAGCGCUAUUUGAAGACCUGAUGGAGAGCCUGUGCAUUGUGGAUGAGGCCAACCUGGAGGCCACCAUGGGGGUAUGGGCGGAGGAGGAUGCCCAGUGUGCCUUCCAUCUGUCCAGCUCUGUGAAACCCUCAGAUCUCCAAGCCGGCCUCCAACCAAGUGAAAGCGGUGCCUUCCAGGAGACUGAGCUAGACUGUCCUCCUAUAGGCUCCACCAGCAGAGAUGACCCAGAGAGUGGCUCCAAGCUGUCCUAUUUCACCAGGCUGUGAGAACCAGCGCCUGAGGCAGCCAGUGGCCAGAUCCUUGCGGUCCGAUCCUACCCACGGGUUGAGCUACACCUCUGGGCCCCAGAUGGACAAAGCAGGUGAGCCCAAAGGCUCCAGUCUCUUUUCUAGGGACUCCACCACCCAACAGGACCUUGCAGGGCACAGGGAGCAGGCAGAGGCAAAGGAGGCAGCCUGUGUUUAUGGCUUGGAGGAGGUCCAGUUUCUCCAUUUUUAACCUGAAGGCUACUCCUGUCAUUGUUGCCAAUGGUGGCCGGCGUGGACCUCGGAUCCAAAGGUGGCCUCCUACCUGGGCUACGGCCCCCCAGCCUGCUGUAGCCAUACGCAGCAGCACUACCUCCAAUACUGAGUCUCCUGGAGGGAGGGGGUCAACAGAUACACGUGCCAGUACUGUACCAAAGCUGAGGGCUUCCAACAGCUCCUCUUAUCCAACGUGAGCUCCUCAAUACACAAAACAGACACUCCGCCAAUGCAAAGCAGGCCUGAAUAGACAAGCAGACCUGAUUUUUCAAACAGCCCUCCGAGAAUGUUGUCAUUAAGAGUUUAAUAUUGAUUAACUGCACAGUGGAUAAAUAAAUGUAUAAUUUGCAAGACUGCAUGCUUUAUUCUUAGUAAUGAAAUAAGAUAGACUUACUUAUUCUAAAGACUUUUGCAUACAACUGCUAAAUAUGAAAUAUAGACUGUUUAAAUUCAACUUAUUAGGGACAUUAACACAAAGGAAGAAGAGUGUACAAAAUGCAAUCAAUAUUGUACAGUACCAGUGCUUGCCAAAUAAUACACAGUGCAGUGCUAUUAAACACUUAAGUAUUUUGGCAGUUGCUAUGACAACAUUCUCCACUGCACUGCUCAUAUUAGACACUCCACGCAGCGCAAAUUCAAGAAAAAUCUAAUGUUUUCUGGACUUUAUUGCACACAUAUGAAAUCAGUUACUGCACAAUUCUAUGGGAAACAUACAAGUUUUAAAGUUAGAAGGAUUCAGAAUGAUUUAAUUAAAAAAACAGUCUAGGCUGCAGAGAAAAACAAUGCACAACAUACCAAUCAUACAUCAAAAAUAAUAAAAAGGAUCAAACCAGCAUGCCUAGCAACGUCAGUCCAAACAUUCAACACAUAAUACAGCAAUCUCCCUGAGAUUCACUGGGAUUUAUUCCCAAAGAGUUAAAGUUGAUAAUGCAUUAUUAACACACAGGCUUGUGUUUUGAUCAUUGAGGUGAGAGAUACAUAUCUCCUGCAAUUAUACAAAUUGUCAAUUUAUGAAAUAAUCCCAGAAACAGCUGCUGAUUAGAACUAGUGUACAGGGACAGAGAGAAGAAAUGUGCAUAUUUGGCAAAAAAAAACAGCUUGCUGUCAAUUGGGCUUCGAAUCCAAUUCUAUAUUGGCACGCUUACAUCCCAUUCCUCCCCAUGCUGGCUUGGAGGACACAGGCCCUGUAACAGUCUAGAGUGGUGGUUCCCAACUCCAGUCCUCGAGUACCUCCAACAGUACACAUUUCUAUUGUAGCCCCAGACAAGCAGACCUGAU